AUUAUUUUAUCCCAUCUUCUUUCCCCCUUUUUUGAGCUGUUUCGAAAGAUCUUUUUAAUACCUCAACGUUGUUGAUUUGAUCUGUAUCAGGUCAACUCUGAUCCCCAGUUGGCCAUAUAUUUUUCUACUUGUACAAUGAAGCGCAAUACCAUAUGCUUUCUUUUUCUUCCUCUUCUCCUUUUUGUCCUAUCGUCACUUUUUUUCUCCGUUUCAUUUUCAUUUUCAUUUUUUUUUUUUUUUUUUUCAUUCUCUUCAGCUGUCACUCAUCAUUCUCCCCCAAAUUCCUUCCCAUAAUCCUGCAUUUCUCGCAAUCCAGGUUGUCCCGUCCCAUCCGCAACCCUACAGUGUAUCACAUCACACCUGUAUCUGUGCCCAAUGUGAGGUGCUCUACUCUCUUGUCGCCCUAGCAAAUCACAUAUUAGCUGCAGAGGAAGCUGGCACUAACCCAACCCUCAACCUGAAUCUAAACUGAC